CAGGACACUGGGGAGUGGCGGUUCUGGUGUCGGGCUGAGAGAGGCGGGUUUCGGAGUCCCCGGCCCCGUGGCGUCCCACUGUGGUUAGGGGAAGGAGGGCUGUCCUGUGUAUUAUGAGCAAAGCAGUUUUAAGUUUCCUGCCUUCUAUCAGGAAAGUGUCAUCACCUGUGUCAGAGAGCAAUGAAAACAAGUCCUGCAAAUGUUAAGUGUUUUGCUUAAGGUGCGCAGUUUGUAAGAAUCAGAGGCCGUCCAUCCCUCUGUCGUCAGCCUACUGCUGGGUCUAAAGGAGUUCUUAAUCAGAAUGGCUUCAGGACAGUUUUACCUGUCCUGCCUUGUUCUGGGAUCCCUGGGCUCAAUGUGCAUCCUCUUCACUGUCUAUUGGAUGCAGUACUGGCGUGGUGGCUUUGCCUGGGAUGGCAGCGUACACAUGUUCAGCUGGCACCCAGUGCUCAUGGUGUCUGGCAUGGUGGUACUCUAUGGAGCUGCAUCGUUGGUGUACCGCCUGCCUCAGUCAUGGGUUGGACCCAAGCUGCCCUGGAAACUCCUCCAUGCGGCCCUGCACCUGAUCGCCUUUAUCCUCACUGUUGUGGGGCUGGUUGCUGUCUUUCAAUUUCACAACCACUCAAAUAUCGCCCACCUCUACUCCCUGCACAGCUGGCUGGGUAUCACCACCGUCAUCCUCUUUGCCUGCCAGUGGUCCCUGGGCUUUGCCAUCUUCCUCCUGCCCUGGGCAUCCCUGUGGCUGCGCAGCCUCCUGAAACCGAUCCACGUCUUCUUUGGAGCUGCCAUCCUUUGUCUGUCUGUUGCAUCUGUCAUUUCCGGCAUUAAUGAGAAGCUUUUCUUCAGUUUUAGCAUCAAGUCUCCCCCUGGGCAAAACCAGGUGGAAAAGUCUCUCAAGGACCCACAUUGUCUUGUCAUCUUUAGGAAAAAUGCCACCAAGCCAUAUGCCAGCCUGCCCAGCGAGGCUGUCUUUGCCAAUUGCACUGGGCUGCUGGUGGUGGCCUUUGGGCUACUGGUUCUCUACGUCCUUCUGGCUUCAUCCUGGAAACGCCCAGAACCAGGGAUCCUGACUGACAGACAGCCCUUGUUGCAUGAUGGGGAGUGAGCCGGGGUGUCCCAGGAACAGUCAGCAGUUGAUCUGUCCUCGCUUCAGAAGCUCUGCUCCACCUGAGCUCCCGGCUGGUCUCAGCAACAGACUUUCUUUGGGACCUGGGUUCAAACUUCUCUUUGCCUUGGUGUCAGGCCUGCUGUCUCCAGCCACUUACUGCCCAUUUGCUUUUCUUGGUGGCUUUGGCUUCUCGGCGUUGACUUCAGGGCCUGCGUUUGCACAAGCCCUCCUUACCCCAGCCACUCUUGCUGUGUCUGCAGAAGUCCAGCUGGUUUCCCCUUUAAACUGUUAGGGAUGUGGCAGAAAAUCCCAACAGUUUGGAAAAACUGGGACUCAACUGCAGCCCAUAACGGGGGCCUUGAGGAAGGUCGGCUUUCCUGUUGAAGGCAUGCAUUUCAGUCAGGCCACCCACCAGAGAGCCGGCUUUAUCUGCUGUCACCCAUCCAGCCCUGGCCGGGUGUGCAUCUGGUGGAGGGUGACCGAAGAAGGAGAGGAUGGAGCAGCAUCUGUGGAGAAGCCUGAGGGAGGGGGGUGUUGGUGCUCUGAGAUAGUCUGUGUGGUAUUUUGACCCUAUGGCUCCACCUCUUCUAGCUGCUGCUCCAGCUGGGGCCUGGAUCCCGCCCUUUUCCUGUGACUUACAUGCCUGUCACCACCAGGCAGCCCCACGAGUCCUGGUAACCUGCUGUCCCAAGAACAGACUACCUGUCCCCCAGAAUCCUAAGAGUGAUGAGUAGCAGAGGUUUCCUGGCCCCCUUUUCCUCCCUUGCUGGCAGGCCCAGCCUGUUCUCCUGGCAGGGCCCCAGCCCAGCUGAUCCUUCCCUCCAGCCCACCAUGAAGCAGGCCAGCAUGGCACAGCACUGUGCCCAGCAGAGCCAUCGCCACCUUCGGAGGAGUUUCUUGCUAAAUACCAGGUGCUCCUGCUCCACCGUGGCGCUUGCCCAGGUAGACCUAGCCUCCUGUGGCAUGCUGCAGCCCAAGCUUUGCUCUUCUGAGGAGAAAGUGGGUGGAGAGGUGCUGGCAUGUGGCUCUUCUUGCCUUCUCCAAGUAAGCCCUGCAGGUCCCAGGCUCCAGACUUCUGUGCUUAGUAGAUAAGGAUGAGGCUUGGGGUUUGCAGCCCUGUGCUCCCUGGCAGGUAGCCACCAGGUUGUUUACCCCAGUCUCCAUUGUCAGAUGUUGGCAGAAGGCUUGUGUCUGGACUUCCUGGUUGGAUGAAAACUUCAGUGCUGCUGGGAUGACUGCCAGGCUCCUGGGUCAUGAGCAGUUCCCUGUCUCCAUAUGAGUGGGCAUUUUACUUGUUUAUUGAAGCUUGAUUUCCAUUAAAUGUUUUUAAGAAUCAAAGGUCA